AUGCGUCCGAUUCCCGUGGACGACAGUCUUGACGAUCCAGAAGCUCUGAUGCUCUCGGAAAGUACCCUUCAAGACAACCACUUCCAGCCAUUAAAGGAUGUACAACCGGGCAAACGAAAGCUUAUUCCCUUGUUGCAGCAUAAUAUGCGCAACGUACUGGAGAGACCAGGUGUACAUUGGAUUAAGGAUCCUGAUACGGGGGAAUACAACUUCCCGAAAUAUCUGGAAACAAUACCCCAGGUCGCGGAUUUUGCGUUUGACAGACUACCUGGGUUUGUGCCCAGUUCGCAGGACAAGAAAAUCGUUGCGUUGGCGAAGAAGGCGAACUGCAAGUUCGCGGGCUCGACGUCAUCCUUGACGGGCAUUCUUGUCCAGAUAUACUUGCUCCUGUCGGAGGAGAAGUAUGUCAAUAUCCAGGAUCUGAGUGAUGAAUUUAAGGACGCCCCAAGAUUCUUUACCCCUGGUCAACGAAUGCCGGUAUCUGUGAUUUUGAACUACCAAGACGGUGUCUAUACCACAGAUUAUGAUGGGGAAAGAGACGAAAGUAAAGAGGAUAUUAUCCUGCUCCCGAUGGGGACGUUGCUGGAGAAGUUCUUUACCCUGCCUAAGAAGUCUUUCGACAAGUUCAGAAAGACUUACACGGGCAACGACCAUCCCAAACUAGAGGAUACGCAUCGAUAUGCGAAGCAUGAGGGUUUCUUGCUGCGCUCCCAGCUCGACUGUCGGGACGAUUCUCUCCCCGGUUCUGGCGUCUUCGAUCUCAAGACCCGUGCGAUCUCAGUUAUCCGCCACGACGUCUACAAUUACCAGAACUACCUCGACCACAACAUCGAGACGCUCACGGGAUGGCAGCGUUCCUUCGAGAAGGAGUACUACGACAUGAUCCGCUCCGCCUUCCUCGAGUACUCCUUCCAGGCGCGCAUCGGCGGGAUGGACGGCGUGUUCGUCGCCUACCACAACACCGCGCGCAUCUUCGGCCUGCAGUACAUCUCCCUGCGCGAGAUGGACUCGCGUCUUUUCGGGCGCGAGGACGCCGGCGACCGCGUCUUCCUGCGCUGCGUCACGCUCAUGGCGCGCCUCUACCGCGAGAUCACGAGCUGCUUCCCGAACGAGUCCGUCAAGGUCACGUUCGAGAAGCGCCUCCGCGUCGUGCGCGCGUGGGUCGAGCCGCUCGUGAACCCCGACCCGAGCAAGCCUCCGCCCGUCGUCGAGCUCCAGCUCCAUAUCAACAGCAUGAUGCAUGGCCGCCGUGCUCGCGGGCAGUACGCCGUAUUUUCCGACUACCCUUGGACGGUGCAGUAUCGUAUCGAACGCAGCCAGGCGGAGCAGGAGAAGAUCCUGUUGAGGCGGGAUCGAGCGUAUGGACGGCAAAUGUCGAUCGCCCACUCGCUCCCGAACUCGCGCGGCGACCCCGUCGAUUCUGCGGCAUUGCCAGCAGGCGCCGCAGUAGAGGACGCAGUCGCCGACCCUGCCCUCCAAGCGGACCCCGUCGAGGGCGAGCCCACCAUCCUGAGGGAUGAGGGCACCUUGUAG